AUGAAAAAGAUUGAAUGGAACAACAGAGGAAUGUCCACUGUCCAUGCAGUAUUCAUUACAAUGAUGUCAGUAUACCUAGUCUUCUUAUCAGAUUUGUUCUCUGAUCAGCUGGAUGAUCCAGUAACGUUUCGGAGUUCACACCUCUCCAAUUUUACAUUGGGGGUCUCUGUUGGGUACUUCAUUGCAGAUCUUGCGAUGAUAUUUUGGUUCUACCCUUCUCUUGGUGGUAUGGAGUAUUUAUACACAUACACGUUUCUCAUCUCUGAGACUACCACCCCAGGAAUCAACCUACGAUGGUUCCUUGAUGUUGCUGGAAAGAAAAAUUCCAAAGCUUACAUCGUCAACGGAGUUGCAAUGUUUGUUACUUGGCUGAUGGUCAGGAUAGUUCUGUUCAUCUACUUGUUUUAUCACAUCCUUACAAAUUAUGAUCAGGUUAAGCAGAUGGACACUUUUGCUUGUGUUCUGAUAUCUGUUGCCCCCAUCAUUCUAUUCACUAUGAAUGUAAUAUGGUUUUCCAAGAUCGUAAAAGGUCUCAAGAAGACACUUGCCAAAAGGCAUGCUGAAUAG